UUUAAAUAUUCCCCCGCCUUUUCAGCCACAGCACACAUGCGCGCGCAACUGGCGGGCAUCAACCGAUAGUUAUUACGCUGUACUGUUCCCUCCGAAUUCGCAAAUUCUGAGAAAUUCUGUUCAUAAUCGCAGAUACCGUUAUCAAUGACGAGUGCUAAAAUCGAUGUGGAGUACUGUGGCUCGUGUGGUCAUCGGAAACAGUUUUUGGAACUGGCGGGGAUCAUCAAAGAUGCUUGUCCCGAUUGUAAAAUUAGUGGAGACUGUGGACGACAAGGUUCAUUUGAAGUAAAAAUAAACGAUACAUUAGUCUAUUCAAAAUUACAAACAAUGGCUUUUCCUGCCUACAAUGAAGUGUUAGAUGUAGUGAAAGAAGUGUGUGAGGGCCAGCCAGUGAGACCAGUAAUUAAGCAACAACCGAUAGAUUGUUCAAUUAGUUGA